UACCUUAUUAUUCUUUGUCCUCCUCCAAUUUUGCGGUUCUUAAAGAGACAAAUCGAUAAGAUUCCACAAUUUUUUCAAAUUUUACAGACCAACUGGCAAGGACCCUACCUCAACCCCCUCUACUCCUGGAGCUUAUAAAGAGCAGCCGUUGCCACCUCUUUGCACAUAUCAGACCUUGACUAUCUUUAGUCUUUUCUGUUGAGUACUUCAUCUUGUUCACUUCCUCUCAAGCUUUUCCAAUUCAUUUCCCCUCCUUUCUUCUUCUUUAUGUCUUGUUAAUUGAAAUUCCUCACCUUUUCUUCCAAAACUUCAUCAACAUUUUGGCUCUGAUGUAACCACCAUCUACUCUACUUUCCGACUGUAAUUUACUUUUCUAAACUUGCAUUAAGACCUGAACCAAAUACACGGCAUCAAUGUCCUCCCAAGGCUCUGGCUAUUGGACUGCUAAGCAGAACAAAGCCUUUGAAAAAGCUCUAGCUGUGUAUGACAAAGACACCCCUGACCGUUGGAACAAUAUUGCCAAGGCCGUCGGGGGGAAAACUACAGAGGAAGUGAAGAGGCAUUAUGAGAUCCUUGUGGAGGAUGUGAAGCACAUCGAGGAGGGCCAAAUUCCCUUUCCUGACUACAAGACCACCAGGGGGAGUAGCCGAGUAAACACUAGUGAAGAGGAGCAAAGGAUGAAAAACCAAAAGCCCCGGGGAGCGACAGCCUAAAAAUAUCGAUAACAAAUAAGCAUUGCGAUGCCGCAUUCAAUCGUGAUUUAAGAUUCAACAGUGAUCGAUGGCUCUCCUUCCUAUGGUCGUUUCAUUUGCGACCUAGUACGUAGUAAUCUAUUUAGCUUCUGAAAUCUAAAGUGUUCCAGGAGGUAAAAUAAAGCGAUGCUCUGUGGUUGCUUUGAUUAUGUUCACUGUAAUGUCAUCAAUGAUGUGAAAUAAAAUGUAGGUAUGUGUUCAGUUGUA